AGGGUUAUUGCAAAAUAGGGUACUACUUAAUCAGAGUCUCCGUUCUGUUUGCAUUACCCAAACAGAGAGAAUCCCAUAUAGAGCAAAUCAGAAACAUAAGAGAAAGAAGUGCAGCAAAUAAUAAAGAUGGAGGACAACACUGCUUCAAGGAACCAUAUUCAUUCCAACCCAGCUUUUGAUGCCUCAGUUAUGGAUGGAGGCUCCAAGUUCUUUGAUGAUGAUGGUCGUCCCAAAAGGACUGGAAAUGUUAUGACUGCAAGUGCUCACAUAAUUACUGCUGUGAUUGGUUCUGGGGUUUUGUCAUUGGCUUGGGCCAUUGCUCAGCUUGGCUGGGUUGUUGGUCCUGUUGUGAUGGUCAUGUUUUCCUUGGUGACCUACUACACUUCAUGCCUUCUCGUUGCCUGCUAUCGUGAUCCGGUCACUGGAAAAAGAAACUCUACUUACUCGGCUGCUGUUCGAAACCACCUUGGUGGACUUAAGUACAAAGUUCUUGGAAUAGUUCAGCGCGUGAACCUUUUCGGAAUCACCAUUGGCUACACCAUAACAGCAUGUAUAAGCAUGGUUGCAAUACAAAGGAAUUCCUGCUUGCACAAGAGUGGUGGAGAAAAACCAUGCCCGGUAAACAGCAAUCCCUAUAUGAUUGCUUUUGGCAUCACAGAAAUUAUAUUAUCUCAAAUUCCAAAUUUCGAUAAGCUGUGGUGGCUAUCUACUGUUGCUGCAGUCAUGUCAUUUACAUACUCAGGGAUUGGACUUGCCCUUGGAAUUGCUAAAGUUGCAGAAAGUGGAACAAUGAAGGGAACUCUUACUGGAGUACGCAUUGGAAUUCAUGUGACUCAAACCGAAAAGAUAUGGAGGAUCUUCCAGGCACUUGGUGACAUAGCUUUUGCUUACUCAUUUGCUAUAGUCCUCAUUGAAAUUGAGGACACAGUUAAAUCUCCACCAUCAGAAGCCAAGACAAUGAAGACGGCCAGUAAAAUUAGUUUAGCAAUCACAUCCGUCUUCUACAUUUUGUGUGGUUGCUUCGGUUAUGCUGGUUUCGGAGAUUUAGCCCCCGGAAACCUCCUCACCGGUAAAGGCUUCGGAGAUUUAGCCCCAUAUUGGGUCAUUGACCUGGCCAAUGCUGCCAUAGUUGUCCAUCUUGUUGGAGCAUACCAAGUCUUCAGCCAGCCCAUUUACGCAUUCGUUGAGAAAAAAGCGGCACAGCUUUUCCCAGAUAGCCACUUCAUCACAAAAGAAAUCCAAAUCCCCAUCCCUUGUUUCAAGCCUUACAAGCUUAACCUUUUUAGACUAGUCUGGAGGACACUUUAUGUGACUGCAACCACUGUGUUAUCGAUGGUCUUCCCGUUCUUCAACGGCGUGGUCGGAUUUCUUGGGGCUUUGGGGUACUGGCCAAUGACAAUUUACUUCCCUGUGGAGAUGUACAUUGCUCAAAAGAAGAUACCAAAGUGGAGCACAAGAUGGCUUUGCCUCCAAACUCUAAGUCUUUCUGUGCUAAUUAUAGCUUUACUAGCAGCUGUUGGCUCGAUUGCCGGUGUGAUUGAAAGUCUCAAAGAUUACAAGCCAUUCAAGACCAGCUCUUGAUUUUGCAGAGCUUUACUUUUCAGCUAUGCAUGCUAUUCACCAAAAUCAAAACUUAAGUAUUUCCCAGUGCAAAAAAGAACUGUGGCAAAAGAAACCCUAUUAAGUUUAAUGUUUUGAAAUAGUUUCU